CGCCCACUAGGGGGCGGCCUUUCACAUUGCCUUUAUUGCGCUUUCUUCAACCGGAAGCAGAUGACUCAGCGUCACUCCCAACAUGGCAGUGAAUCUCGCGGACUUGUCUAUGCCUCAGCUUGAGGGUCUAAAAAGCCAAUUAGAUCAGGAGAUUGAGUUCCUGACAUCCUCAAUAGGACAGCUCAAAGUCGUCCAGACCAAAUAUGUUGAAGCAAAAGAUAGUUUGAAUGCGCUAAAUAAAAACAACCAAGGGAAAGAACUACUGGUUCCCCUUACAAGUUCUAUGUACGUGCCUGGAACGUUAAAUGAUGUGGAGCAUGUCUUAGUGGAUGUGGGCACAGGAUAUUAUGUUGAAAAGAAUGUAUCUGACUCAAAGACGUUCUUCAAGCGUAAAAUAGAUUUCCUCACAAAGCAGAUUGAGAAAAUUCAGCCCGCCCUUCAGGAAAAACAUGCCAUGAAACAAGCUGUGAUAGAAGUCAUGAACGUGAAGAUCCAGCAACUACAACAAAGUGGACAGGCCACCAGCGCCAAAGCUUAACGACGUCAACCUUAAAAUGAUUGUGUCAUUAUUGUAAUGUCGUGUCAAUCCACAUAAGGGACAUCCUUGCUACAACAUAGUAAGUACUUCUGUAGGAAUCAUGAGUGCAACAGUUGCAUACGUGCCACACAUUUUAGCAAGACGUAUGAUCUCUUAAGGCACAAUGCUAUAGAGAGGAAAACGUGUAUAUACUUGGUAGUAGUAUGUGCACAGCGUGUAUAAAUAGACUACACUGAAAAUGAGCUGGCAACACAAGUGUCCAAAGUCAAUAUACUGCUAUGCAAGCUGUACACUGACUACUCUAAGUAUAUGUAAGUUUACUUUUUUAGUGUUCUGUCAGAAAACAUACUUUCAUAAAGUUGUUGCUGAAAUGUGAGGGCUACAGUAUACUGUAUGCCUGACUAUGACAUUAAAGUUAAAGUUAAGGAUUGUCAAAUACAAAUUGUUAAUAAAAGAUCACAAAAACAAA